UAUUACAAAAAUAUUAUAUUUUGUCAUAGCCAUAAGCCAUUAGCCACUUUAACACGCGUAGUAUAAUGGUUAUUCAUGUUUUUUACAGUUUUAUGGAAAAUAUAUUUAUUUUUAAAACCUUGACUCUUGUACAGCUAACAUUUUUAAUUUUAUUGCUUGAACAAUAAUUACUUAUUAAGUUUAUAUAGUUCGUACAUGUGUACAUGUGUAUAAUUCAUAAGCAUUGUUUUAUUAUUGUAUAAUUAUUAAUAUAUUCUUAUCUUCAUGUUAAAAGCUAAUAGAAAAAAUUAAAUAGAAGAGAAUGCAGAUAGCAUCACCACAGAACAAUUUAAAGUCGUGCUCAAGACCCUAGACUUAUUAACAUAGGUCUUUUUAGGUCUAUGCUCAAGACACAAGUAAACUGUAAACAAUAGAUAAGAUAAUAUUUUGAUUUUUGAAUUGCUACAGCACUACAACAGCAUUGCUAGCAGUAUUAAACUUGAAACUUGUUAAAUGAAAAAAUGCGAUUAUGCGAGUACCUAUUGAUCAUUGAAUAAUAAUAAUUUAUAAAAUCACUGAUAUAAGUCUCAUUAAAUCUCUUAAAAAUUUAAAUUUAAUGUUUAUGUAAUUUAUAUGUGGUAUUUGUUUACGUUAUAUUUUCCAAUUAGUUACCUAAUAGCCAAUAGGCGGUACCUAAUAUUAAUUUUUAUAUAAUUGGUAUAUUGAGAACUUAAAAACUUAACCAGUCACUCAUAUAAACGACUUGAACGUUUGUCUUAUCUUGAACUUCUUGAAGGUAUUUUAUUAAUGAAUAAUAGGCUUAUUAAAUUAUGGAUGAAAAAAAUCAUUUUUAAUAUUGUAAAUUGAUUAUUAUUAUUUAUCAAUAUUUAUUUAACUAUACCUAAAUUGUACCUAAUUUUUCUAUUGAAUUCUAAUGGUUUAAUAUAUCAUACUAUUAUUGCAUAAUUUUAACCAACUUAAACAUCUUUAAGUUAAAUUUCAAACAAGUAUUUGAUUGAAAUAGUUACCUUUCAUUUUGCAUCUUUUUGAAGACAGAUUGUUUUAAAUCAAUAAAAUAUUUAAACUGAUAAUCAAAAAAAAAGAAGAAAAAUUAAGAAGAUACAUAAAUGUGCAAUCGUCCAUUAUUGAAACAUGAAAUAUCCAACAUCGUUGACUGUUUGUACAUCAUUAUUGACUAUAAGAUUGUUCCAUCUAUAUAUAAUUCGUUCAUGGUAUGUCCCAGAUGAAUACUGGCAGUCUUUAGAGAUAGCGCAUUAUAUUACUUUUGGUUUUGGAUAUCGCACUUGGGAGUGGAUUGUCGGUAUAAGAAGUUACUUAUCCAUUUCAUGGAUUGUAAUAAUAUAUAAGAUUUUAAAAUUUUUCUCCCUUGACACAUUACAAUUUUUAAUAUGGAGUCCUCGCUUUCUACAAACACUCUUUUCGACAUUCUCAGAUUACUGUUUUGUGUCCUGGAUACAAAAACACUCUAAAUGUUCAAAUGUAUUUUGGCCAGUUGUUUGUUAUAUGUCAAGUCCGUUUUUGGCAUAUUGUUCGACGCGUACCUUAGUUAACACAUUGGAAACCAACUUGACAACAAUUGCCUUGUAUUAUUACCCUUGGUCAUUGAGGAAUAAAGACGUCACAUUUUUAUGGAUAGUUGCUCUUGUUUGUGUUAUGCGCCCAACAGCAAUAAUAGUGUGGCUACCAUUAAUUGUAUUUGAUUUUUUUGCUCAUAAACGUUACACGCUAAAUAACCUAGCAAGGUAUAUUUGUAUUGGUUUGACGUCACUUAUGCUUUCUAUAACAUUAGAUUCAUACUUUCACGGUUCUUUUGUUGUUACACACUGGAAUUUUUUGUAUUAUAAUAUUAUAAAAAAAGUCAAUGCUCAUUAUUCCGUUGAACAUUGGUAUUGGUACUUUGUCAGUGGAUUACCACCAGUGUUGGGACCUAUAUUUUUUAUAUUCAUUUAUUGUUUUAUCAAAAAAAUAAGACACAUUGAUCUUAAUGAUACUGAAUCCAAGUUGAUAAUCACAGUAUUUUGGACUUUGUCUGUGUUAAGUAUGAUUGCUCAUAAAGAACAAAGAUUUCUACUACCAUUGUUUCCUAUGAUAUUUUUUAUUACAUCUCAACAAAUUUCUAUAGUUUGUAAAAAGUUUAUAAAAUUAGGAACCUUUACGGUCAUAUUAAAUAUCAUAGUAUUGAUUUAUUUGGGACGGUAUCAUCAAAUAGGGUCUACCAGAGUUAUGCCAUAUUUAGCUAAGAUACCUCAAAAUUCAACAUUAUUAUUUCUAAUGCCAUGUCACUCAACUCCACUUUAUAGUCAUCUUCAUUUGAAUAUAUCUGCAAGGAUUUUAACAUGUGAGCCAAACCUAAACGGCAUUUCAAAUUAUACUGAUGAAGCUGAUAUAUUUUUUGAAAAUCCAAAUAAGUGGCUUGAUGAGUCGUAUUCCGCUGAAAGUAAUAACAAUUUACCAACACACAUAGUAAUGUUUGAGGUACUAUCAAACACACUACAUGCAUUUUUAACUAAAGGAAAAUACAAGAAUGUUUUGUCAAUGUUUCAUACCGAUUUUCCAUCUGCGAGAAUUGGACGGUACAUAAAUGUGUUUUCAUGUAUUGAACACCCCGAUCAGUAUAAUUAUUUUGAAGGUCGUUUUGGGUAAAUUAGAAUGUUUAAGGUUUGAUUAUAUUUGUAUUAACUAUGUUUUACAUUUUGGUUUUGUUAUAUAAUAGAAUAUUGAAGUUUAUAUGAAUUAAUUGAAAACUAUUGGAUCAUGUUGAAUACCUGUUACCAAUUAAUGUAUGAUUUUGUUUUUAAUUGUAUGUUGUUAAGUUAUCUUAUUACAAUGAUUUAAAAUGUUCAAUGUUAAUACUUGUUGUAUUUCUUUUUAAAUUUAAAUUCCUUCUAUAUUUUCUAAAAAUACAGUAAGAUUACAGUGUCAAUGAUGGUUAAUCAUGUGUAUAGCUGUAAACAUUUUUUAUUUUCAUUUUUUUUUAUCUUCCACAGUGCUUGGUCUAGAAAGGGCUAAACUACUGUGUUUCAUAUGAACAUAUCUGAAAUAAAUUAAAAUAAAAUAAUAUUUGGGUUAUCAUUUAUCAAUAAUCAUGUUUAUAUUUUAUUAAUAAUAGGCGGAAGUCUUAAAAUUUUAGGGGGGCUACAUCAAUGUGAGCACUUAUGAUAAUAAUAAAAAAAAAAAAAUGUUUCGUAGGAAAGACGAAAACGAUGCGAGACGUGAGUUGGUUGAAGGUUAUAUUUUAUAAAAAAAACCAAUUAACCACCAAAUUUUUGAGGUUCCGUAGAAUUAUGUUAACAACUUAGGCAAGCGCUUCAAAAACAAAAAAGUUUGAGGACCACUGCUAAUUUCUAUACAGUUUUUGUUUUUGAUUUGAUUAUUUAUCGAAGCAUAUUGUAGUAGGGAAGUAUCGAAAACUUUGGAAGAUGGGUAUAUAUCUUAUUAUAGAAAUUCGCUGUACUAAACCGGUUAAAAAUUAUCCCGCACCGGGAUAAUGAACCGUGUAAAUUAUAUGGUCCAAACAUCCCAAUGCAUUAUUUUUCACACCG